AUGAUCCUAGAGCCAUGUCACAAUGGCCUUGGAGCCGAAGCCCUUUUUGCCUCAAGUUUUUGCCUCGGUCCAGCUCCUGGCCCUGAAUCCUAUCACUCAGUUCCUGACAUGGGACCGUUCCUCCAUCAACGGAAUACGUUCCUCGAAGUAGCUUCGGAGGAGGACUUGUGCGUCAUGGCCGCCGGGUGGAGCAGGUCGUCAUCUUGGCCUCACAUCGGUCGCGAUUCGCGCCCGCUGUAUCAUAUGAUGGUCGACAUGGGUGACGACUUUGCAGAGUGUGAAGAGGCAGUUGAGGCAGUGCCGGUCGUGGAGGAGGUUGCAGGUGAUGCCUUGUUGGGCGCGAGCGAGCAAGGCGCAAAUCACUGCAAACCCUGCAUCUUCUUUGCCAGCCCCUUGGGCUGCUCACGUGGCGUGCACUGCCGCUUUUGCCACGUUCACAGUCCGAAGAGGGACGGACCGGCAAAGCGUGCGCGCAAGACGACACGUGACAUGCUCAAGGCCCAGGUGCUGGAGCUGCUGCAGGGAAAAUCUCCGGAGGAGAUGCAGGCGAUGCAGGACGAACUUCAGGAUCUCGUGGACGGCAACAGCUUUGCGCGUGCCUUCGCCAUGGCUUACCUCCAAGGUCGCAUCCCCGACACCCAGGAAAUCUCUGAAGAAGAGCGAGCUCGCAUCCUCCCGGCUGGACCAGUCCAUCGCACCAUCUGA